AUGGCAUUUUUCAAAAAUUUUCAGCAGAAUCUGCCUUCAGUGUCCUCUCUGGUGGACACAAUCAGUAAUGCUGUGGAAGAUUUGACCACUGCUGUGGGGGAAGUCAGCUAUGCUUUCACUGACUCGGUUGCUGAACAGGUAACAAGUAUGAUAAGUGGCUUUCGCCCAGAAGAGGAAAGCCCUGCAGCAACAGAAGCUGCAGAUACUUCUAAACGAGAAAAUACCACGUUACCAGAAGUCUCCAAAAACACUAAUUGUCAGAAAACACAAUUCAAUUUAGAGCACCAAGCAAAUCGAAUAAAUAGCUAUAAUACUUCAGUUUCACAAAAACAAGAUCAAGGAAUGAAUGAAGAAGGAGUAUUUAAACAUAUUAAUAAUAGACAACAGACGCAAUCAAAAUAUCAAGAAACCGAUAUUGCUGGUGAUUCUUCUUUGAAAGGCCAGAUGAGUGAUGGUGGGAUAUCAGUUAGCAAGCAGAAUGCAAGGGCUGGAUCUACUUGUCAAGAACUUGAAAGUACUGACAGAUGUAGAAAAUAUGGAUUAGGAAUUUCCAAUAAUGGUAAGCAUGACCUAAAGGAGGUAAGAUUUCAAGAAAUGCAAGAAAAUUAUUUAAAGAAGGCUGAAAAACAUAUUAAAAGUAAAAGAUCCAAAGGGAAUAAGUGUUCAGGAAAUGAAUGUUCUCCAAAAGGUAUUUUGGAAAGCAAUAGACAUAUGAUACAGAAAUCCAUUAAGAAAGAAGACAUGCAUCCAGCAACAUCAGCUAAUUCUAAAGGUAAGUGUUAUGGAAAAAUCAAAGAACAAAUAAAUCCAACAAAAUACUACAAAGUGAAAGGAGACAUAAAAACAAAGAAAAACAAAGCCAUUUCUGCCAAAAAAGAAACAGCAAAGAGUAAAGAUGAAAAAUAUUCUGAGAUAAUACCAGAAAAAGAUAAUUCCUACAUUGACAAAGAUGAGCAUGGUUCAUCCUCUGAAAGUGAAGAUGAAGCCCUGGGUAAAUAUCAUGAGGCCUUAUCCAGAACACACAAUUCCAGACUACCAUUGGCAGAUUCUAGACAAAAGAGCUAUACUUGGGAAACAAGACAGAAAUAUAGCCCUCUCUCUGCAGAGUAUGAUGGAUACAGUAGUGAAGCAUCAAUAGAUGAAGGAAACUGCAUUCAGAGAAUGAGAAGAACACCCCCACUGGAUGAAUUGCAGCCACCACCAUAUCAGGAUGACAGUGGUUCUCCCCAUCUCUCAUGUACACCCUCAGAAAUUGGGGACAGUAAAUGUGAAUUUUCCCACUGCAGCAACAGUCCAAGAUGCUCAUAUAACAAGUGUCCGAGUGAAGGAAGCACAGGUCAUGAAAUAGAAAGUUUUCAUAAUAAAGGAUAUGAAGAAGAUGUUCCAAGUGACAGCACUGCAGUCCUGAGCCCUGAAGAUAUGUCAGCUCAAGGAUCAUCUUCACAGCUUCCUAAACCUUUUGAUCCUGAGCCAGAAGCUAAAUAUGGCACACUGGAUGUGACUUUUGACUAUGACUCACAAGAACAGAAGCUUCUGGUAACAGUGACAGCUGUCACAGAUAUCCCAACAUAUAACAGGACAGGUGGCAACUCAUGGCAAGUACACCUUGUUCUUCUACCUAUAAAGAAACAGAGAGCAAAAACCAGCAUCCAGAGAGGACCAUGCCCUGUCUUCACAGAAACAUUCAAAUUUAAUCAUGUUGAAUCUGAGAUGAUUGGAAAUUAUGCAGUUCGGUUUAGACUGUAUGGUAUACAUCGCAUGAAAAAAGAAAAGAUUGUGGGGGAAAAGAUUUUUUAUUUAACAAAAUUGAAUCUUCAAGGGAAAAUGUCAUUACCUGUGAUAUUGGAACCUUCUUACAAUCAUUCUGGCUGUGACUCCCAAAUGAGCGUGUCAGAAGUCUCCUGUAGUGAAAGUACAUCCUCCUGUCAGUCUCUUGAACAUGGCUCAGUUCCAGAAAUUCUCAUUGGCCUACUUUAUAAUGCCACAACUGGAAGACUAUCAGCAGAAGUGAUAAAAGGCAGUCACUUCAAAAACUUGGCAGCGAACAGACCACCCAAUACAUAUGUUAAAUUAACUCUACUGAAUUCCAUGGGUCACGAGAUGUCCAAAUGCAAGACAUCCAUCCGCAGAGGGCAGCCAAAUCCAGUAUACAAGGAAACUUUUGUUUUUCAAGUGGCCCUAUUUCAACUCUCUGAUGUGACACUCAUACUGUCUGUGUAUAACAAACGCAGCAUGAAAAGAAAAGAGAUGAUAGGCUGGAUUUCUUUAGGUCUGAACAGCUCUGGAGAAGAGGAACUCAAUCACUGGACUGAAAUGAAAGAGUCGAAAGGACAGCAAGUAUGUAGAUGGCACGCAUUGCUAGAGUCGUGA